GGGGUGUUUUUUCUUUUUCUUUUUUCACUCACAAGUGGAGAGUGUUUGCUAUCGAUGUCUGUAGAAAACGCCGUUUUUACCGUUCUUCCCGCUGUAAACACCACUGUUUUGUUCAGAAAAAAACAUCGUGUGUAUUUUUUAUCAUAACUCUGGUUUUACGUGGCCCAUCGACACAAUUCAAAAACUGGUAUAUAGUUUGAAGUCCGUACUUCUGACCCAAGCUGGAAUGGAGACUCUGAGUCGCUGCAUCUUGUAGCUGUGUCGUCUUAAAUUGGUCAUGUGGCGCGUCUGUCGACCCCAGAGGGUUAAGCUAACCGACUAAAAAUAUUCGCAAAAGAUGCUUUGGGUCACUUUCCAUCUUAACAGGUUUUCACUAGUAAUCUUUAACAACUAAUCGUGUAAAUUAUUUUAUGUGUAAACUUCAGACUCCUUUAAACUUCACUCUCUUGCAACAAAGAUGGCUGGAACUCUGAUUUUUCUUCUCGUUAGUUCUCUGCUGCAGGGUGCUCUGUGUGGAACGUUCAACAUCAAAAUGCCACAGAAUAUAAAUGUUUUGAGAGGAUCCUGUGUGACCAUCCCCUGCUCCUUUGAUGUAGAGAGCAGAUUUGAAAAAUACUUAGAUCAUACAUGUAAAGCAUAUUGGAGUGAUUCACCUUCAUUUACCAGUAGAAAUGCAAAACUAAAGCCAACUAAAGACAUGACAGGAGACUUAAUAAAGAAAGACUGCUCCACAACUUUCAUUAAUACAAAUCUGCUUCAAAGAAGUAAAUAUUACUUCAGACUGGAGUGUAAUAAUGCACUGAAAUACACUUUUUCACAUGGUGUAGAUAUUUCAUUCAUAGCUGUUCCUCCCUCACCGACUCUGAUUCCAUCCACACUGGAGGUGAAGGAGGGAACCUCAGUGAGUCUGACGUGCUCUGCUCCAGCUCCAUGUUGGUCUCAUCCUCCAGCUCUGAGAUGGACCCCUAACCGGGGUCAGAGUUGGGAGAUACUGCAGGAGCAUCAGGAUAAAACUAAAGUCAAGACUUCUGUUAUGAGUUUCACUGCUUCUCACCUCCAUCAUGGAAAUAAAAUCUCCUGCACUGCUGUCUACAGGAAACAAGAUGGUAGCCCUGAUGUCACUGCUGAAACAAGUUUAAUUCCUGUUAUCUCAUAUUCACCCAAAGAUGUCAGAAUUUCCGUCAGUCCUUCUGGUCCAAUAAGAGAACAACAAAAAGUGACUCUGACAUGCAGCAGUAAUGCCAACCCAGCAGUAGAAAACUACGCCUGGUACAGAGCUGGUAGAAAUGAGGAGACUCUCAUUGGGAUUGGACGCACAUUGAAUGUUGCCGUUUCAACAAUCAACAGUAUUUUUUUUUGCAAGGCUACAAAUAAAAUUGGAGUUGAACAAUCCAGCAACCUACAAAUAGACGUUCAAUAUUCACCCAAAGAUGUCAGAAUUUCCAUCAGUCCUUCUGGUCCAAUAGUAGAACACCGAAAAGUGACUCUGACAUGCAGCAGUAAUGCCAACCCAGCAGUAAAAAACUACGCCUGGUACAGAGCUGGUAGAAAUGAGGAGACUCUCAUUGGGACUGGAAGCACUUUAAAUGUUGCCAUUUCAACAAUCAACAGUAUUUUUUUCUGCAAGGUUACAAAUACACUUGGAUUUGAACGAUCAAGCAACCUACAAAUAGACGUUCAAUAUUCACCCAAAGAUGUCAGAAUUUCCAUCAGUCCUUCUGGUCCAAUAGUAGAACACCGAAAAGUGACUCUGACAUGCAGCAGUAAUGCCAACCCAGCAGUAGAAAACUACGCCUGGUACAGAGCUGGUAGAAAUGAGGAGACUCUCAUUGGGAUUGGACGCACUUUGAAUGUUGCCAUUUCAACAAUCAACAGUAUUUUCUUCUGCAAGGCUACAAAUAAAAUUGGAGUUGAACAAUCCAGCAACCUACAAAUAGACGUUCAAUAUUCACCUAAAAACAUCACACUUUCAGUCAGUCCCUCUGGUCCAGUGCCAGAGAACAGCAAUGUGAUUCUGACCUGCAGCAGUAACGCCAACCCAGCAGUGAGGAACUACACUUGGUUCAUGGGUGAUGGAGACCAGGAGACUUUUAUUGGGACAGGAACCAGUUUAAACAUUCAAGUCUCCAGAGACAGACGGACAUUUUUCUGCAAUGCUGAAAAUGAGAUUGGAGUUGGACGUUCCAGCAGCAUUCAAAUUGAUGUUCAGUAUUCAGUUCUGUAUCCAGUGAUCAUCUCCGCUCUUACAGCAUUACUGCUGGUAUCAAUAUGUGUUGUGCUGUUUUUUAUCAGGGCUCAGAAGAAUCCCUGUAAACAUAAAGGUCAGUUACCAGAUGAAAGCAAUACAGUUGCUACGUGUCGGCCUAUAACUUUGGAAGAAAAUGAGGCACCAAACACAACAGAAGAUAGCAUUUAUGCAAACACUGAUUGGCUGAAAGUGCCAGAAAAUAUCCAUCAUGCAACCAUCGCUGGGCCAAGCAACACCAACUUGCCAAAUGUUAGGGCAAACGAUGAAGAAAGAGAAAGUGAAAGCUCAGAAGAGGAGGACAGUUGUGAAGCAAUUUACUCGAAUAUGCACUGAAAGACCAAGAGUAAGAAAAGGGCAUGAAUUCACCUAGUAGCUCUCAUCUUGCAAAAGAAAAAUCACCAUCAUAAUGCGGCUACCCCUUCGGCGCCAGCUGUGGGCUCAAGGCUGGAGCUGAACAAAAACACCCUGAUAACGACUGUGUUGAGUCUGUUCCUUCCCAUUCCAUGC